AUGACUAUCUCGCAGGAGCUCGCCUCAUGGUUCUCUCCAUCAUACAUUGAACUAGCACCCGUUCCUCGAGUCGACGAUAUAGCCCCGUCAGACCCAAAGUUGGUAUUCCCCACCAACAAUGGAAAGCCAACUAUCAUAGCCUUUCUCCGACACUGCGGGUGUCCAGUCGCAGAAGCAACCUUCCUUGCGAUGCGUACUGCAGCUACUCACCACCCCGACAUCAAUUUCAUCGCCGUAUCUCAUAGUGACCAGCCAUCCACAGAGAAAUGGCUGAAUGCCCUUGGGGGCGCAGACUCUGUCACCGUAGUUGUCGAUGCGGAGCGUCAGAUCUACGCAAAAUGGGGACUUGGAGUUGUUUCUUGGGGCCAUGUUCUUAGUCCGGCAGGCAUGGUAAAUGUCUGGAAGCUAGGCAGAGAACAGGGCAUUUGGAAUAGGCCUACGGAGAGUGGAAGCAGAUGGCAGUCUAGUGGGUAUUGGGCUGUUGAUCAGGGGGGCUUCGUGCGGUGGGGAGGUCCUGCAUGUAGAGCUGAUGAUGUGAUGAAUGUUGCUGAAGCUGUGAAGGGUCUGGAGAAGCCCCGGGCGAGGCUCUAA